GUUCCGCUGUUUCUAAGUUGGAGGAAGAGAGAUAAACUCUGCUGGAUUUUCCUGACACCGCAAUUAAAACCUGUCAUUCUGAUCACUGGAACAGAUCAACCCAGGAGAAUCCUGCAGAGUUUUCAUCUCUCCUCACUUCAAGCUGAAACAGCUCCCAUAUAAGGCCCCCUAAGACCUGCUCAACCACUGAGGAACCCUCACGGCAGAAUGGAGAAUGGGGAGAGGUUGUGAGCAGUCUGGGCCUUGUGUGUGAGCUAGAGAUGAUGCUGCUACCUACAGGCCACAUGACCCAUCCUGUAAGGACAGGCUUCCUGUUCUUCAACAUACUUCUGCUCACCAAAGCGGAUUCUCCACCAAAGUUUACACGAAGUCCCACCGAUCAGAUCGGGGUGCAGGGGGGUGCGGCGUCCUUUGUCUGCCAAGCCAGCGGUGACCCACAGCCCAGAAUUAUUUGGAGCAAGAAGGGCAAAAAAGUUAGCAACCAGAGAUUUGAGGUGAUUGAUUUUGAGGAUGGUUCAGGAUCAGUGCUGAGGAUACAGCCCCUGCGCACUCCUCGAGAUGAGGCUGUCUAUGAGUGUGUGGCGGCCAAUAGUGCAGGAGAGAUCAGCACCUCCACAAGCCUUUCUGUCUUACGAGAGGAUCAGCUACCUCAAGGCUUUCCCUCCAUAGACAUGGGGCCUCAGCUGAAGGUGGUCGAGCGCUCUCGGACCGCCACCAUGUUAUGUGCAGCCAGUGGCACGCCAGACCCUGAGAUCACAUGGUUCAAGGACUUCCUCCCUGUUGACACCAGCAACAACAAUGGCCGCAUCAAGCAGUUGCGCUCAGGUGCUCUCCAGAUUGACCAGAGUGAAGAAACUGAUCAAGGGAAGUAUGAAUGUGUUGCAACCAACAGUGAGGGAACACGCUAUUCUGCGCCUGCAAACCUCUACGUGAGAGUGCGGCGAGUGCCCCCCAUGUUCUCCAUCUUGCCUCGGGACAGUGACAUCAUGCCCGGUGGCAGUGCCAACAUCACGUGUGUGGCCGUGGGGUCCCCCAUGCCCUAUGUUAAGUGGAUGCUGGGUUCUGAGGACCUGACGCCAGAGGAUGACAUGCCCAUUGGACGAAACGUACUCGAGCUCACAGACGUGCGCCAGUCCGCCAACUACACCUGCGUGGCCAUGUCUACUCUCGGCGUCAUAGAAACCGUUGCUCAGAUAACAGUCAAGUCUCUACCCAAAGCUGCAGGGACUCCGGUGGUUACUGAACGCACGGCGACGAGCAUAACUCUGACAUGGGACAGUGGCAACCCAGAGGCUGUGUCCUAUUACCUCAUCAUGUACCGCCCCAAGUCCUCUGAGGACUCCUUUAAGGAGAUUGACGGCGUGGCCACCACUCGGUACAGCGUGGGCGGCCUCAGCCCCUACUCUGACUACCAGUUCAAGGUGGUGGCUGUCAACAACAUCGGCCGUGGGCCCCCCGGCCAAACCAUAGAGGCGCGCACGGCGGAGCAGGCGCCCAGCUCCGCUCCCCGGAAGGUCCGAGGCCGCAUGCUGAGCGCCACCACGGCCAUCAUCCACUGGGAGGAGCCGGAGGAGGCCAACGGACAAGUGGUGGGCUACCGCGUCUACUACACCAUGGACGCCAACCAGAUGGUUCAUCAGUGGGAGAAGGAGAUCAUCCGAGGAGCCAACUUCAUCAGCAUACAGAAUCUGACACCCAACCGCACAUACUACAUCAGGGUGCUGGCCUUCACCUCAGUGGGAGACGGCCCCCUCUCCAAUGACCUGCAGAUCAUAGCCAAGACUGGGGUUCCCUCCCAGCCCACAGAGUUCAAGGCUGAGGCUGUGUCAGAGACGAGCAUCCAGCUCUCUUGGGUGCCUCCUGCUCAGACUAGCCCAGAAAACCACAUCACUGGAUAUGAGCUUAUUUACAGAAAGAGCAACGAGGCAGAGGAGCACAAGGUAACCUUCGACCCCAGCACCAGCUACCUCCUGAAGGACCUGAAGCCCUUCUCCUCCUACACCUUCCAGCUGGCUGCUCACAGUAAAGACGGGGUGGGCGCAUUCACCAGCGAAGUCGUCGCCGACACUCCUCAAACACAGCCUGUCGCUCCUCCUCAGGAGGUCAGGUGCUCCAGUCACAGUUCCACCAGUGUCUUGGUAAGUUGGCUCGCUCCACCUGAGGACUCUUUGAACGGAGAAAUAACAGGCUAUUCCAUCACAUACUUCCCCCUGAGGGACAGGGGCAAUGGCACGGCCAACAACAGCGCCCGUGUUCACGUCAACAGCCCACUUUCAGAAGCCACAACUUACCUGCUGCAGGGCCUGGAAAAGUGGACUGAGUACGGCAUCACUGUGAGCGCGGUCAACAAAGCCGGCACUGGACCUCCCAGCCUUGCUGUUGUCAUUCGCACAGAGGAGGAUGUUCCUAGUGGACCUCCACGCGGCGUGCAAGUCGAGGUCAUAAAUUCCACCUCUGCCAAGGUGACAUGGCGUUCGCCUGUUGCUAAGCAACAGCACGGUCCGAUUCGGGGGUACCAAGUGACCUACAUUCGUCUCAUUAGAGAUGAGCCAGUGGGGCAGCCCUGCAUCAGAGACCUUCUCACAGCUGGGUCUAAGGGGAAUGAUUCAGGGGAAUAUGAGUUGAUGAUAUCUGACAUGCUGCCGGAGACCUCGUAUGCAGUGUCUGUUGGUGCAUACACCACUAAAGGGGAUGGCACCCGCAGUAAAGCCAUUACCAUCACCACCCCUGCCCCAGUCCCUGAAAAACCACGCCUGACAGUGAGCCAACCGAGACCAGGUACAGCCCUGCUCCAGUGGCAUCCCCCGCUAAACCCCCUGAACCCGGUUUUGGGUUACCGACUCUCUUUUGGUCGAGCAGAUCACCCACCGCCGCCAGCGCUGGACCUUCCCGAGGAGGAACGGCGUUUCACCGUCUCUGAUUUGCAACAGGGCACCACCUACCGCUUCCGUCUGGCCGCCUGUAAUAAGAUGGGCUUCGGUCCAGAUGCAGUGCAAUUGCUGGCGACACCGGAGGGACAGCCUGGUAGUUACCCGCCAAACACGCAGGCCGUUGAGGCUAAUGCCACCGCCAUCGCUCUGACCUGGGGGGAGAUCCCAGUAAAUGAGCGCAAUGGUGUCGUCCUCAGUUACUUGGUCUGUUACCAAGGCAACGGCAGCCACGGUAAUGACUCAGCAGAAGUGUGUGUAUCUGUGGAGGAAUGCGCCGUGACUCUGACUGGCCUGCAGGCGGACAGUGUGUAUGAUGUAAGAGUGUGUGCACACACCAGCAAGGGCCCUGGUCCAUACAGCCCACCUGUCCAAGUCAAGACACUAACAUUGGAGGAGGAAGUGUUUGCCACAAACUUCCGGGUCAAAGCCGCCAUGAAAUCUGCCAUCCUGCUGAGUUGGGAGACCAGAGACAAGCAGAACAAAGCUCAGCCUUUCACUAUUCUAUAUGGAAACAGUCAAAGUGUGGAGGUGGAUGGCCGCCUCAAUAAGAAGCUCAUCUCCAACUUGCGUCCUGAAACCCAGUACUCCUUCCUGUUGACCAGUCGGGGUCCCAGUGCUGGAGGCCUUCAGCACCGCGUCAGUGCCGUCACUGCCCCAGAUCUUCUGCGCACAAAGCCCCUUCUGAUUGGCCGCCCAGAAGCCCAGGGAACUGUCACUAUGAAAUUACCCACACCACAGGGCACCACCAAAGUCAGAGGGUUCUAUAUUGUGGUGGUGGCUAUGAGGAGGCAGCGAGGAGGAAAGUUCCAGAAUCCUUGGAGUAACCCAGAUGACAUGGACCUGGAGGAGCUCCUAAAGGAGAUCAACAGUACAAGUAAGGGUUUGCGGCUCAGACGUCAUGUGGAGCCUCGGCCCUACAUCGCUGCCCAUUUUCAGAAGCUUCCAUCCGAGUUCACGCUGGGAGAUGGCCGCACCUACGGGAGCUUCCUGAACCGAGCUCUUCUGAGUGGACAAGAGUACACCUGUUUCGUACUGGCCCUCCUGGAACUCGCUGAAAAUACGACGUAUGCCACCAGCCCUUACUCAGACCCGGUGGCCACCUCUGACCUGGACCCCCAGCCCAUCGUGGACGAGGAGGAGGGGCUGCUGUGGGUGGUGGGGCCAGUGGCGGCAGUCAUCUUCAUUGUCUGCAUUGUCAUUGCCAUCCUCCUGUUCAAAAGGAAGCGUGCUGAGGUGGAGGGCAGGAAGUGUAGCUUCCCCAGCAGCAAAGCAAUGAGCUCCCAUCACCCCACUGAUCCCGUGGAGCUUCGCCGCAUCAACUUCCAGACCCCUGGCAUGGCCAGCCAUCCUCCUAUUGCUGUCAGCGAACUGCCAGACCAACUAGAGAGACUGAAGGCCAAUGAUAACCUCAGAUUCUCCCAAGAGUACGAGUCUGUUGAUCCAGGACAGCAGUUCACCUGGGAGCACUCUAAUCUGGAGGUGAACAAACCCAAGAACAGAUAUGCCAACGUCAUUGCAUACGACCACUCGCGAGUUCUGCUGUCCGGCGUUGAUGGUAUGCCAGGCAGUGAUUACAUCAAUGCCAACUACAUUGAUGGCUAUAGGAGGCAGAACGCAUACAUUGCCACACAGGGGCCUCUUCCUGAGACCUUCUGUGAUUUCUGGCGCAUGGUGUGGGAGCAGCACACAGCCAACAUCAUCAUGAUGACCAAAUUGGAGGAAAAAUCCAGGGUGAAAUGUGAUCAGUAUUGGCCCAGUAGAGGUACAGAGACAUAUGGACUCAUCCAAAUCACUUUGGUGGACACCCUGGAGUUAGCGACGUAUUGUGUAAGGACCUUUGCCAUGUUCAAGAAUGGCUGCAGUGAGAAGAGGGAGGUUAGGCAGUUCCAGUUCACCGCCUGGCCAGAUCAUGGAGUUCCAGAACACCCCACUCCAUUUCUGGCUUUCCUGAGGCGGGUGAAAGCCUGUAAUCCUCCCGAUGCUGGGCCCAUGAUUGUUCACUGCAGUGCUGGAGUGGGUCGCACCGGGUGCUUCAUUGUGAUCGACGCCAUGGUGGAGCGCAUCAAACAGGAGAAGGCGGUGGACAUCUACGGCCAUGUGACCCUCAUGCGAUCCCAGAGGAAUUACAUGGUGCAGACCGAAGACCAGUACGUAUUCAUCCAUGACGCCAUUCAGGAAGCCAUCACAUGUGGCAAUACAGAAGUGGCUGCACGCAACCUGUAUGCCUACAUCCAGCGCCUGACACAAAGCGAAGGUCCUGACAAUGUACCCGCCAUGGAGCUGGAGUUUAAGCGCCUGGCUGGAGCCAAGGCCCACACAUCACGGUUUGUUAGUGCCAACCUGCCCUGCAACAAGUUCAAGAACCGGCUUGUAAACAUCAUGCCCUUUGAGUCGACGCGUGUGUGUUUGCAGCCAAUAAGAGGAAUAGAGGGAUCAAACUACAUUAACGCCAGCUUUAUCGACGGCUACAGGCAACAGAGAGCAUACAUGGCAACCCAGGGUCCCCUGGCAGAGACCACAGAAGACUAUUGGAGGAUGCUCUGGGAACACAACUCCACCAUUGUGGUCAUGCUCACCAAACUCAGAGAAAUGGGCAGGGAGAAGUGCCAUCAGUACUGGCCAGCUGAGCGCUCUGCUCGCUACCAGUACUUUGUGGUGGACCCCAUGGCAGAGUACAACAUGCCUCAGUACAUCCUUCGAGAGUUCAAAGUGACUGAUGCCCGAGAUGGGCAGUCUCGCACUGUCCGGCAAUUCCAGUUCACAGACUGGCCUGAACAAGGAGUGCCAAAGUCCGGAGAGGGAUUCAUCGACUUCAUUGGUCAAGUUCACAAAACAAAAGAGCAGUUUGGACAGGACGGACCAAUUACAGUACACUGCAGUGCUGGUGUUGGCAGGACAGGAGUCUUCAUUACGCUAAGUAUUGUGCUGGAGCGCAUGCGCUAUGAAGGAGUCGUGGACAUCUUCCAGACCGUGAAGAUGUUACGCACCCAGAGGCCAGCCAUGGUGCAGACUGAGGACCAGUAUCAGUUCUGCUACAGGGCUGCCCUGGAGUACCUUGGGAGCUUUGAUCACUAUGCAACAUAAUAGCCUCUUCUCCCACGUCACCAAGGGCCAAGGCAGCUGCUCCAGCAGCCUCCUCGAGCAGCGCACAUGCCCUCCACUUGACAGCACUGUCCACCUGUGGCGUGAGAAAAUGCAAACCGCAAAAAAUAGCAUGAACCUCCCUGAUGCAACAAGACCUCCAUUAACAACCCUGACCAAGACGACCGAAAUGACAGGCUGCUCACCUAAGUCUUGUUUACAGCAACUAUAGUCACCAGUAACGAA